AUGGGUUCAAUUUGUGGAACCAACAAUAAAAGAGUAAUUCCAAAAACAAAGAAAGCACAUUUAGGUUUAAGAUCAGGUUAAACAAUAUCCUAAUAAUCGGUGUUCUAACCACAAUUAAAUAAAAAAACAUAAGAAAUUAAUUAAAUUCAUAAAUUGGAUAUCUAGGAUGAAGACUUAGUUAAUUGGGAUGAUCCUAUGAAGCAUUGCACAAAUCUUCUUAAACCAAAAGGCUAUAAAGUUGCAAGAAUACUAAAGACAACUAGUUCAUCAAUUACUGCUGAAGUACUAGAUGUAACUUAAAUAUUAAAUAUUUUAGGGUUUCGGUACAUAAUUAAUAUUUAAACGUUCUCUUUUUGAUAAUUUUGAUAAUGCUUCAAAUAAUAUAUCAUAUUUAUAUAAUAUGAAUAAAGUUAGUACAGAUGGUUUGUUAAGAUUUACAUCAUUAACAAUUAGUUAAUUUGAAUCAAUUAAUGUUUAAUUAAGACCUGAUAAAACACUUUAUGCUAUUGAUAGAAUGAUACCUAAAUAUAAUACUUUAAGUGAUUCUCUAGAAAAUUUAAAAUUAGAAUCUCUUAUGUAAAGUUUACUAAUUUUGGAAUAAGUUAGUGAUGCAUUAAAUUAAUUACAUAAAGAGAAAUUUGCUUAUCGUUUUCUCAGACCUGAAAGCAUUUUGACAAAAGAUGGUAAAAAGUUUCUAUUAAGUAAUCCUUCAAUUUAAACUAAUCAAAAAGAAUAGGUAAUAAAAAAUCUAAUUUUAGAAAAUUAUCAAACAUUUCGUUUAAUAAGAGAGUGAUUACUAUAUUUAUGAUUGUGUAAUAUUUUCGUUGUUAUUUCUCUUCCUAGUAGAUCAUAAGAUUUACACUUUCGAUUCUCUAAUAGAGUUGAGAUUGAAUUAAGAUGAAUGGGAAGGGUAAUUUAUAUUAAUUUAAGUAAUUUAGAUUAGUUGAUAACUAUAAGUAAUCAAUUUCAUCUUAAUUUGAAAAUGAUGUACCAUAAAUGAUUAUGUAAUUAAUUGAAUAAAUGAGUGUUUUUGAUAAAUUUGAUAUACCUAAAAUGAGUGAUAUUAAUCAUGCUAUUAAAAGUGUUAGACAAAAAGGAAUGUAAACAUAUUUCAAAAACGAUUCACUUGGUGCUUAUUUAUAAUAUCACAAAGAAAAAGUUUUGUCUGAAGCAUCUCCAUGGUUAUAUUUCACUAAAGCAAAUCAAAUUCAUUUAUAUAAUUUUGAAACCAAUAAGUUUCAUUUUUUGAAAGUUUAUAGAAAAAAAUAACCUUUUAAAAUUGAAUCUGACGUAGUUUAUCAUCCUAAUGAAGAUAAAUUUUUUUUCUUUAGUCAUAAUGCAUCUACUUUCUUAUUAAAGGUUUAUGAUGAAUCACAUGAUAGAGGAUGUAUUAGUUAAAAAAGAGAAGUUGAAUUAUUUAGAAAUAUCAAAAAAGUUAAAUUUGAAGAUCCAUAAUUAUUGGUUAUCAAUUUUUAAAUAGAUGAUGAAAAUAAUUAGGAGUAACCUCUAGAAGUAAUAGAAGAUAAAAAAGAUGUAAAAAAUGGAAACAGGUAAUAAUAAUAGUAACAGAAUGUCUUAGAUUAAGAACCUAAAUUAUUAUCAAAAAUUAUGAUUAUGAAUUAAUAAUAAUCUCUUGAUGAAGCCACUUAAGAGGUUUAUUUCAAUUCUUAUGAAGUUGCAUUUAAUUUAGAAUUAGUAAAGAAUGAUAAUGAAGAAGAUAUUUAUAAUUAUGGAGAUGAAGAAUUUAUAAGCAAGAAAGUUAUUAAGAUCUAUUAAGGUCCUAAGAAUUAUUAAUGGCAUAGAAGUUCCUUUCAUUUCUUUGAUCCACAUAAUAAUUAUAUUUAUUGUAUACCUGAUUACAACAAUGUUUUCUAAAAUGGAAUUAGAUAUUGUUAUUAUGAUAUUUCAAAGAGAAAAGGGAAUUUUAAGGAAGGUUUGUUAAGAUUUGCUUGUAGCACUGAUGAGAUAUUCAAACAAUUUUGUUUGCUAAAUUUUAAAAUUAAACAUAUAGUAUUUUGUAUAGAAGUUUAACAUGGUGUAUUUUUAAUGUAAGCAUCAAAAAACAUAUUUAUUUUGGAUUUCAACUUUAGAUGUUUUUAUUCUUUGGCUUCAAUUACAUAAUUGUAGAAUUAUAAAGAGAAUAACAAAGAGAAUCCAAUUUUGUUUUAAAAUGCUUACGAAACAAAAAAUUAACCAUUUGAAUUAAAAUGCUUAGAUGCUGGUGGACAUAAUUAUUUAUUUUAAAGUGGAUAUUUGCAUUGUUUAGCAAGAAAAGAAAUUGAGACAGUUCAUUGUGUUUAUAACAUCCUUCCAAAUUAAGCAUGCAUAGAACUUUUAAAUUGCUAUUCUUUACAUACAGGUUAAGAUCUAUUACUUUUUAUUCCGAAAACUCUUAAUUUUGUUAUAAAAGCAUAAUAAAAAUAAUUGGAUGAGAGUGUGUUUCGAAGAUAUUCAAAAGUAAUUUCUUUUUAGUUAUAAUUUUAGCAUGUUCGAUAAUAUGGUGUAAUAAAAGAUUUGUACGCAGAUCAAAAUGAAGCUUAUUUAAGUGCAGAGACGGUGGAAGAAAAAUAAAAGUUUUAUUUACAUCAAAUAAAGGUUGAUUCUUUAGUUCAAGUGUCUUAAUUGUUCUAAGCAUUCAAUAAGAAAAUUUCAUCAGAAAUUCUAUUGACACCUAUUGAAUAUUUUGCAUGUUCUGAAGAAAGUAUCAAAAUUAUUUAACAUAGAAAAUUCUUUUUAUAUGUAUUAUGUUAAUGAAGAAAUUUCAACAACUUUAGAUUCUGAAGUGGAAAAUAGAAAAUUAUAUAAAAAUCCUUUUGAAGCAAAAGAAUUAGCAUUAAUUGUAAAAAUUAUCUUUAAGGCUUUAAAAGAAUUGAAAGAUAAUUAAUUGGAACAUGGAAAUUUAUCAACUAAUAGUUUAUGCUUCACUAAAGCUGGUAUAAUUAAAAUAUCAGGUUGGUAUGUGGCAAAUAGAAAGAAUUUUUCUACUGAUAUUGAUGAUGCAGUAAAAGUAUUAUAUUGUUUGGCAACACUUUAAAGAGUAUAAGAUAUUGAAUAAAUGGAUUUUGCAGAUCCAGCAAUUGCAGUAUAUGAUGGAUUGGGUGAAUUUUUAAAAGCCACUUAUAAAUUACCAAAGAAAACACCCUUUAUGAAUAUUUUAAAUUCAGCAUUAAAUUUAAGCAAAUAAUUAACAGCUUAGAAUGUAGAUUUCAAUGAAAUGUAAAGUAAAGCUUAAGCAAUCUUAUGGGUUUCUUAUGGUUAGAAUUAUGUAAUAAUUACUCCAUUAGAAAAUAUGAAAGACCCUAGAUUUAUGAAAGUUUCCAUCUUAAAACCAAAUUAAACUAAUUUUAAAAUAUCCAAACAUUGUAUGUUUACUUUUAACUUUGUUGAUGUAAUUUAUAUUUCUGGAGCAAUUAAAGAAGAUUUAAAAACUUAACAUCUUUAUGAAUGUGCUUACAAUAAACACAAAGAUACAUAGACUGUUACUUUAAAAAGAUUACCUGAUAUUCCAGCUCCAAUCUUAAGUCCAUCCUUAUUAUAUGCAGAAGGCAAGAUCUAUGUGAUUGGAGGUUAUGAACUUGGAGAAAAUUUUCACAAAUAAAUAACUGACAAGGUCUUUGUUUAUACAAUUAAAACAAAAUAAUGGUAAUAUUGUUAUUCUAAUUAUUUUUAAUAGGAAAUCCUUAAAAAAUCUACCAAUUAAUAUCUAUGGAGGUACUGCUCUACAUGAUGAAGAUAAGAAUAUUAUAUAUUUAUUUGGUGGUGUUUCAAGUGAAAUCGAUCUCACUUCUGAUAAACUUAUUUAUUUUACUUAUGAUAUCUUAAAAGAUAAUUGGGAAUUUAAUGUUGAUUUAUCUUAUAAAUCUCCAUUCGUUAAUUCACGUUUUACAAAACCUAUUGUCGACAUGGUAAGUCCUAAAUUAUUUAUAUCCUAUUAUAAAACAGAAGAGGAUUUUUUUAUUGAUGUCUUUGAACUUGUCAAGGCUGGUGUUAGCUUAAAAUUUAAAAUUAAAAAUCCUAUUGCUAAAAAGAAAAAUGAAAAAGAAAACUUGGAAGCUUAUUGUGAAAAAGCUCCUAGAGAUUAUGAAAGAACUUUAUAAGAUGAUUUAUCAAUGGCUGUGUAUAAAGAUUCUGUAUAUGUUUUGGAUGAAGAAACAUAAAACCUGAAUGUUUUCAGAAUCAAAGAUGUAUUUCAUCCUUAAAUUGAUAUUGUUAAAUGUUAAAUUAGAGACAGCAAUCCAAUAACCAUUCAUUUAGUUUAAUAGGAAGCACAAUAAUAACAAUAAUGA